AUGACUUCACAAUUCACCACAUCUAUAACUGAUCAGGUGAAGCUAAAUCUUAUACAUUAUAACCUAUGGACAGAAGUCGAAGUACAUAAUGAUCAUAUCCUUAAGGGAUUACCACCUCAAAAGCUAGUCUCUUCAGAUGAUGAAAAUAAACAAGAAUGGAUCGUUUGUAAAAGAUUAUUGAAUACAAAAUUAUCAGUAGUGGAGAUCAAUCUGUGGUUCAAAGAAAUUCAAAACAUCAUUAAUGGGAAUGGCAGCGCGCUGAAUGGAACGUCGCAACGGGAUGACGAAGAAGAAGAAGAAGAAGAAAAGGACAAACAAGAAGACAUAUCAACUUCAAAAGAUAAAAAUGGCACAGAGAUUAAGGAUGGAAAAUUAUGGAAAAAUGUGCAAAGAAAUAAUGGAGAAAACAGAGUUGAUAGAAUAACUAUUGCAAUGAUCAAUGAUGAUGGAACAAUAGUAUACUACUUCUUGUAUGAUGGAAUAACUAAACCUCGACAAAAUUAA